AUGAUUAUAAGAAAGAUGGAUCCAAUCAAGAGUGCUCAUUUACGAUUAUGUUCUGCUGGUGAGCUUCUCGCUUCUGUUAAGUUCAAUAAAAAGAAUUCUAUUUAUUGGGCUAGAUUUGUUGAAGUCUGUUUGAGAGGCAAAGGCCUAAAUGAUCACCUAGUAUCAGAAAAGCCUAGAAAAUUUGAUUCAUCUAGACUUGGGGAGUAUGAGAUAGAUGCGCCAAAACCUGCGAAGAAAGCCAGCCUUACUCAACAAGCAUCUUUCUUAGGUUGGGUGCUUGUUUUUGACUCACUGAAGAUUCUAUCAUUUAAUCAUGUUGAAGUAUAA